ACCACCUGUUUCAAUUUCAAUUUACCUACGCUUCUCAGUUUAAGGCACAGAUUGCGACUGACGGGUGUAGCAAGUGAGCUAAAAAGAGAAGAGCUGAACAUAUUACAGCUCUGGUCAGGAUCUAAAAGUAACUUUGUGAAGUGGAAUUAGUGUUGCGAGAUAAGCUUACAUCACAGGAAUUUUGUAAAAAAAAGUCGCGUGUGUGUGUGUAUUGUGACAAACUGGGACAGUGUUUAAAAAUAUAAGUUAUGGCGGAAAGUCGUGGUAGUCUAUUGGCUAAAUCUGUUCAAAAACAUGCAGGAAGGGCUAAAGAAAAGUUAUUACAAAAUCUUGGGAAAGUCGAUAGGACGGCAGACGAAAUAUUCGACGAGCACUUACAAAAUUUCACGAGACAACAAAACGCCGCUAAUAGAUUACAAAAAGAAUUCAGUAAUUAUAUAAGGUGUGUGAGAGCAUGUCAGGCGGCGUCGAAAACACUUUUAGAAGCGAUAGGUGAUAUUUACGAAAGUCAGUGGACAGGACACGACUUGAUGUACGUUCAAACUCAAUCUGUCGAUAUGUUAUGGCAGGAUUUCAGCCAUAAAUUAGCCGAUCAAGUUUUAUUACCUUUAAACACGUAUCAAGGACAAUUUCCAGAAAUGAGGAAAAAGAUCGACAAAAGAGGCCGGAAACUCGUCGAUUACGACAGUCAGCGACACAGUUUUCAGGCGUUACAGACAAACAUGAAAAAACGCGACGAAGCCAAAAUCGCCAAAGGUCGAGAACAAUUAGAUGAAGCUAAAAGAACGUACGAAAUGUUAAAUUCCGAAUUACACGACGAACUUCCGGCUUUAUACGAUUCCAGGAUAUUGUUUUUAGUCACCAAUCUACAAUCUUUGUUCAACGCCGAAAAUACUUUCCACAUAGAAUCUGCCAAGGUGUUUGGUGAAUUAGAGGCCAUUGUAGACAAACUAGCAACUGACAGCCAAAGAGGAUCGUACAGCGUGAAAAAAACCAACGGAGCCAGUCUUCCACAUUCAACGACUAUCACGAAACCGAAAGAAUUGAUUAUCAACAAUACUUCCACUCUAAAUUCAGAUCGAGCCGAGGAUCCCGCGCAAUCUCCAACAGAAAAAUCCUUGUCUCUAGCAAAAUCUGAUACCGCUGAAAAAUCACUUCCCGUCACUCCUAACAAACAAAAGGAUAUCGAAACACCUACUCAAGAAAAAACUUCUUCCGAUCCCGUUACUCCCGUCACACCUAAACCAGAAUUAAACGGUACGACUACACCAGAUGGUAAAAACGGUAAUCGAUCUCCUUCUCCUCAAUCCCAGCAAGUCGCUACCAAUGACAAGCUCGCUACUAACAACAAUGCAAACAAUAUUAAAGUCGAAGAACUUUAUGAUAUACCUGUAGGUGCCAGUACUGAGAAUUUGCCACCGGGAGUACUUUACAGAGUUAAAGCCACUUAUAAAUACAAUAGGGAAGACGUCGAUGAGCUAUCUUUUGAAGUUGGUGAAAUUAUAUCUGUUGUCGAAUACGAUGAUCCAGAAGAACAGGAAGAAGGAUGGUUGAUGGGUAUUAAAGAUAACGGGGACAAGGGCAUGUUCCCAGCAAAUUUUACAAGGCCUCUGUAGGCGUUACGGAAACGUACUUGAAUGAAUUUUUGUUCGUUUCAAGUAAUCAGAAUUUAUAAUAAAAAUCAUCGUGUAAUGAACAAGUGCCUUACUUCAUUAUAUAUUUUUAUAGUUUAUGUUGAAAGUUUAUUUUUAACAUCGAAUAAAUUAAAUUUUUGUUAAUUUGUUAUCUCUUUAUAGAAUAUUUAUCAUACUUUGAAUACUCGAAACGAAAUUUUUCUUCUCUCGAUUUCUCUUUUAUAUAACAUUUCUUUUAACUUUAGUUUUUAAUUAUAUCUCUUCGAUUAUCGAAUAAGCCCAAAGUAUAGCAGGGAUAAAAUCGGCAACUAAGGGAACCAUAUUUGUUUUUAACUGUAAAAAUAAUAAAUAAACUAAAUUUUCUUAUAGAUCUUGUACGCUGGUACGUUUUUAUUCAUAUUAUUUUUGAAUUGGAUAACGUAUUUCUUUUAUAUUCUGGAUUCGCUUGGAAUUUGCUCAAAAUAAAUUUUUCAAAAUAUAAAAAGUGAGUCUAGUCAAAGUUUCAUUGACAAAAAUUGUUCUAUUUUGUGCCUUAUGCUAUUCUGGAUAUGUUUAAUAUUUAAUAACCCCCCUUACUUCGGGCACGAAUAAAAUUUCGCAAAAAAAAAUAAUUUUCUAAUAUUUAUAUCUUCCAUUUAGCCCGAAUGGUACGCGUGGUUGUUGUAGUUAUCUGAAUAUACUCUAGCUAAGGAUUGUUAUUAUUAUUAUUAUUAUCUUAUUAUAUAUUAUCAAAAAAAAAGUAUUGUGCGAUAGAUUUUAACUUAUUUUUAUUCUUUUUAAUUAUGUUGUAAUAUUUUAUUAACUUAUUAUGUGGAGUGUAUGUUUGAUUUACUUUAAAAAUAAAGUUAUAUGAAAAC